CGCUGCCCUGCGUACGCAAAAAAGGCUUAUCGCCUACGUGAUACAGUGAAGGACGGGUGAAGCCUAACAAAGCACCCCCCCCCCCUACCCACCUGGGCGACCUGUCUCGCAUGCACGCGACUCUGGCAAAAGAAAGCUGCUAAUAAUAAUGAAGGAGGUCGCGCCCGUCCGGUCGAGCGGGAUUCCACGCGCGCGACUUCCUUCUUCCUGAUCGACGCCGCGGGUUUCGCGACACGAGCGGAGGGGUCGCCGGCUUUCUCGGCAAAGCUGCGGCGUUGUCGUCAACACGGCCGGCGACUUGCUCGUUCGCAAAUCCGCAAGCAAACGACUACAAAAGAAAAGCAAUUUUCGCUACUUUAAAAGUUUGGCAUCAUGGCUCCCCCCGCCCACGUCUUGAGAGAGGGAGAGCGAGCCAGCUGUGUGUAGUUGAGAUAAUGACGAUUCGUUCGAAAUGGUGAAGUUGUGUGGGUAGGCGAUUGCUGCUGUCGUUUUAGGUUGUGGUUGUUGUUGUUGUUGUUUUAAUAGCCUCGUACAAUCUUCGAAGAAGAACGGCGAAGGACCUGCUAAACGAACACCAUGGCUACGUGCUUAAGAUCGUGCUGCCCUUGCUGCGAAUGCCUCUGGCAAUUGUGUUGGCCCACAGGAAGAGAUCAGACUGCCUUCCCUCCUCCAAAUCAACUCCAGCAUACAGCCGCACAAUCGCAUAGAUUUCCAAAUUCCAAUCCGGUGUUCAAGCCGCUGCCUCUCUACGUGGCCCUCUACGACUACGACGGACGAACAAACGAGGAUCUGAGCUUCAAGGAGGGCGAACUCCUCGAGGUGACGGACAAGACGAACCCGGACUGGUGGUACGCGCAGAAGAAGACGGCGAGCACCAGUAACGAGCGCUACAACACCCGGGGAUACAUCCCUGCCAACUACGUCGCCGAGUAUCAGAGCCUCGACGCAGAGCCAUGGUUCUUUGGCGAUAUCAAGAGAGCAGAUGCCGAAAAGUAUCUGUUGGCAGACGUCAAUACAACUGGCGCCUUCCUCAUACGGCAGAGUGAGAGCAGAAAGACCGACUACUCACUCUCAGUGCGUGACGGCAGUACCGUGAAGCAUUACCGGAUCCGGCAACUGGAUGAGAAUGGUGGCUUCUUCAUAUCGAGACGGGUCACGUUCCAAAAUCUGAUUGAACUGGUGCAGUACUACAAAUCAAACUCUGAUGGGCUCUGCAUGGCCUUACAAAAACCCUGCGUGGUGAUUGAAGCUCCCACCACGAUAGGACUGUCCUACAACACGGUGGAUAAGUGGGAGAUCCCGCGGGCCUCGAUCCAACUGCAGAAACGGCUGGGGGCUGGCAUGUUCGGCGAGGUGUGGCAAGGCCUCUGGAACAACAGCACCUUGGUGGCGGUGAAAACCCUCAAGCCAGGAGCUAUGAAAAAAGAGGAGUUCAUCGGGGAGGCGCAGAUCAUGAAGCAACUCCGCCACGCGAACCUCAUCCAACUCUACGCUGUGUGCAGUCAAGAGGAGCCCAUCUACAUCAUCACCGAGCUCAUGAGGCACGGCAGCUUGCUGGAUUACCUGAGAGGACCCCUGGGGAAACAGCUCAAGGCACCGGAACUGGUGGACAUGGCUCGCCAGAUCGCCGCUGGCAUGGCCUAUCUCGAGAGCCAGAACUACAUCCACAGAGACCUGGCUGCACGAAACAUCCUUGUUGGGGAAGGCAAAGUGUGCAAGGUGGCCGAUUUUGGGCUCGCCCGGAUUAUCAAGGAAGACGAAUACGAGGGGAAGGCUGGGGCCAAGGUGCCAAUCAAGUGGACUGCCCCAGAAGCUGUGAAUUUUCACCGUUUCUCCGUCAAGUCCGACGUCUGGUCCUUCGGCAUCCUCCUGUAUGAGCUCAUCACGUACGGCAGGAUGCCUUACCCCGAAAUGGGCAACAUGGAGGUGCUGAAGCAGCUGGACAGGGGAUACCGGAUGCCGCAGCCAGAUAAUUGCCCUCCGCUCUUUUACUCCAUCAUGCUGGAGUGCUGGAACAAGAAGGAGGAAGAGCGACCAACGUUCGAGACCUUGCAGUGGAGGCUUGAUUACUUUGACUCGGACCCUAACAACUACACAGAUGCGCAAGCCUUUGUCCGUUAGGAGGUUGGGGAGGGCGAUAUGGGUGACCGAGGUAUGUGUCUGAUGUAUGGAAGAGUGGGGUUGGCCACUCGCAUUGCGGAUGUGAAGGAUGUCGUAAUAACGGGAAAAUGUUAUUGCCAUAUCGUUGAAUAAGCAGUACAUGCAAUCAUUUGUAUAUAAAAUACGGUAAUCGUGUUGUGGUGAUAUGUGACCUCUAAUAUAAACACAAGAAUAUAGCGGUAUAAUAUUAAUGUACAGAUUUUAGGAAUCGCACACUACUACAGUCAUUGGAUAUAAUAGUGAAUCUGAGGUGUCUUCAUAAACAAAAACCUAUAUUUUGUAUCUCUCUAUUCAAGUCUAAUUCCACACACAGACACACCUAUUUCUACACUUUUCUGUCGCGUUAUAAUAAACCAACGCUUAAGCAUAAACAUUGUCACUCGGUACGCGGUGGCAUUGUACAAUUCGCGAACACCUGUUUUCCACGUGGAACACGUGAGCGUGUUGCAACUUAACUGCUUGGCCAGAUUGCAAAUAUUUCCGUACAAUUGUAAAUCACAUUCUUACUAAAAACGUCAACCAAUGCUAACCUUAAAUGAUGCAAAUUAAGUAUAUAGUCAUAAACAAUGUAAUAACUGAAUCAAGUGCUUAACACGUAGGGUUUCACGACCAAUAUUAUACAUAAAAUAGAGGUUUUGCAGUGAGAUUGUUUAAACAUAAAUGCGUCGUUAAACCCACCGCCACCUGACACAGCCAAUUAAUAAGGUUUGUCAUGUAAACAAAAUAUGUCAAUUCGUUACGAGUACAGUACACUGGUGUGUUGGAGAGUAAACCCACAGUACUCGAAUUGUAAAUGUUGCAAAACGACGCGUUCACAUUUACAUGAUCUAACCAAAAAAACCUCUUGUGCAAUACAAAUCAAGUGUGUACAUUGCCAUUGAAAUUACAAUACAGUUGCAGGAAGGAGAGAGUCGGGUGUUCAUAUCAAGGUCACGCUGUUAGUCUAUGACAGACACUCGAGUCAAGAGCAGCCCUUUUUUUCACGCGGUAUAUAGGUAGGCACAUGUCCAUGGGGACAUUAAAAUGGUCAGAUGUGGGUGGCCUCGGAUGAAUCCUGGCCACAUUUCUCAGUUUUCCUGCGGCAUUUGCAGCACGAGCUGCAUAUCCAUUCCCCAAGCUCUUUCUGCCUGUGCAAUAAAUACAUCUCGUUGAAAUAAAUACCCACGAAAUGUGCACAGCGUACUCAGACGUGGUCACGUUUCCCCAACCUUGGUUUCACUCGUAGGGCUUAUUAUUUAUAUGUGGGGAGUGUAAGCAAGGUUCAAAGGUUCCAGUUGGGUUUGUUGUUUAACCGGGUGAGACCUCAAGGAAGGACCUUGGUUACCAAAUUGACGAAAGCAAAACAGCGCAGCAACGAUAACAGACAUUGGAACAGAACAAAAGAAACGCCAUAUCGGCACGAGCGUUAUGAAAAAAUGUUGUGAACCUAAACGAAUGUUAACAUAUUAAAGUUCCCCCCCCUUCAUCGCAAAUGAGCAAAAGGGUAGGAUAAUUUACAAGACCGUGUCUUCGCCCAACCUUAACACACAAUUAUUUAACACACACAUAUAUUCAAACCUGUAUUAUAACUUGAAUCAUAGUUGACAACUUGGAGAAGGUUCUUGGUGUACAUUCAUUUUGGUGAUAGGGAAAGGAGGUGUGGGGCAUGAAACAACCCAUGUUCCCGACGAAUUUGCGGAAACUUGACAUCAAACUGAGGAAUAGUAAAUGUUUUGCCAAAUAUUGGCAACGUUUUAUGCACACACAUAAACAGGUUGCCAUAACACGUUUCUGAAAAAGCCACGGAUCUUACAAAAUUACUUGUUGUUGUACUUUGAUUUUCUUGCAUGGGCUAGUAAACAAUGUGAAAAGUUAAAUUACGCUCUUUGCAAUUCAGUGUAUGCCAAAUGUUAGACUGUUAUACAUAUUAAACGUACGUAGUAAUGUUGCCAAUUUGGAGUGUGUUUAAUAACUAGUGGUUAGAGAGAAGCCGGAUGCAAAUGUGUAGCAGCCUAUCUUGAUCCUGAUUUUAUUAAAAUAUAAAUUGUAAUCAA